UUCAACAAAGCAACAUGAGCUAGAAGCUUCACUAACCUUGUUUUUUCAUCUUAAAUUUAUUUGGGUUAUCUUUAAUAUCUAGUAUAAACCAAUGUAACACCACUACUUAGCAAUAAUAAGACCAAUGGCAGCAGCAACAACAACAUCAUCAUCAAUCAGUGUUAGACUACAGAUUCCAGGGAAUUUGUACAAGGCAGAGAAGAACAAUAAGGCCUUGGCCCUAUCAGAUUGUUACCACUCAAGAAAUGCUGCAAUCAAGUUGAAACGACGGCGCUUUUGGGCGAUAGCGAGUGCUAAAAGUCCUAAAGGUUUGGAUGCCAUCAAUGGAAAGAAUCUAAAUGGCACAUAUGUUGUAGAUAAAUCUCCAAUAAAGGGCAACAAACAUAGUGAGAUUUUGACAGAUGCAAGUGUAGAUACACCUCUUCAUGCUUACUUGCUUGGAAAAUUCGUUGAGGACAGGUUUGUUUAUAGACAGACUUUCAUUAUCCGAUCAUAUGAAACUGGCCCUGACAAAACUGCCACCAUGGAAACACUAAUGAAUCUCCUUCAGGAGACAGCUCUUAACCAUGUCACAAGCUCAGGACUUGCUGGAGAUGGAUUUGGAGCGACCCGCGAAAUGAGUAUUCGAAAGCUCAUUUGGGUUGUCACACGUAUCCACAUUCAAGUACAGAGAUACAGUUGCUGGGGAGAUGUGGUCGAAAUUGAUACUUGGGUGGACGCAGAAGGCAAAAAUGGAAUGCGUAGAGAUUGGAUCAUCCGGGACUACCAUACCAGAGAGAUCAUAACUAGAGCAACAAGUAUUUGGGUGAUCAUGAAUAGAGAAACAAGACGGUUGUCUAAGAUUCCUGAACAAGUUAGACAUGAAGUGGCACCAUUUUAUUUCCACAGAGCAGCCAUUUCCAAAGAAAAGAAUGAUAGUGACAAGAUUGACAAGCUCAUUGAUGAAACUGCUGAGAGAAUCCGAACUGGUUUAGCUCCAAGGUGGAGUGAUAUGGAUGCCAAUCAACAUGUAAACAAUGUCAAAUACAUUGGUUGGAUUCUAGAGAGUGUGCCAAGAACUGUGUUAGAAGAUUAUUAUUUAACUAGUAUGACUCUGGAGUACAGAAGAGAAUGUAGGCAAUCAAAUUUACUAGAGUCGAUGACAAGUCCCACAUCGAAAGUGGAUGAAGACUCCAACAGUAAUACUACAAAAAGGAUACCAGAUAUGAAAUAUACACACAUGCUUAGGAUGCAAGAUGAUAAGGCAGAGAUAGUAAGAGCAAGAACACAAUGGCAUUACAAAGAGAGUCAUCAUGUAUCAAUGAAUGUGAUCUAAACACAUGGCAAAUUUUUCGCCAAUAUUAUUUUCAUGCAUGUUUUUAUUUUAUUUUUUAAUGCUUUUGUUUGCUUGUUUUUAUUUAUUUACAUGUUGUACUAUUAUUUAUAAGGCCAUGUAAAACAUUCUAACUGCACUUUGUGAUUUCACAGUGCAUUGAUUAGAAGGUCUAAUAAGGAUUAGCUUGUUACUUUCAACCAUUUUACCAUUAAAAAAAGAAAAGAAAAAAGAGUGAGAGUUGAGAAUAAAA